AGCCGAGGUCGGACUCUCAACCGACCGAGCCACCCAGGAGCCCACCAUCCGUGUCUUGCAGAGCAGCUCAUGGAGACUCGGUGAGGGACUGCCUCCGGCCCCACUUCGGGGAAGUGCAGAGCCAGGGUCAAAACAGGGCCCUCUGUGGCCCCAGAGGCUCCACAGACCCAUCGGACAGACACGGGAAAGAAGGCCUCAGAAGGAAAGACAGAAUGCGCACUUCUCACCCGGUGCAGGAAGCCAGUCGGCAGCACGGCCCCAAAGAAAGCGCGUAGCCGCCGAGCCUCCUUCCCUCGGGGUGGCUUUGGAGACAGGGCAGGGUUCGAACUCCCUCUCGCUGCAGGAACUUGGGCAAGUCAGAGCCCGUGCCUGGCGCCUCAGUUUCCCCAUCUGCAAAUGCGGGUUCUACCAGUGCCCACCUCACAGCAAGUCCCCUGAAAAGAUACCGGAAGGUCACCCACGGCGCAGAGGCAGCAAAAAGGCAGUCGCUGCUGAUUGGUUUUAUUCUUUGGUGACCCCCAAGUGCACCAGGGCCCGGGGUAAGAACUGCCCUAAAAUCUUCCCCCGCCCUCCUCCUCCCUGGCGACCUGGUUCUCCUCCUGGUACCAAACCCCGGGCCCGGGCCCUCGGCACAAGGAGGUUAGGCAGCGCCCCAGGAGGCCCGGCCGGGUCGUGACCCCUGGCCGGUGCCUGCCACACCCGCUCUGGUACCCAAACGGGGCCCCAGAUCCUCGGUGACUCGAUCCCUCCAAAUUCAGGUGAUCUCCCCCGGCUCCAAAUCACCGAACCCUCCCAGGUCCCGCGCCAGACGGAGCCAGGUCCCAACCGGGAAGGGCCUCGGAGCAUCGGGACGCCAACGCCGCGGUCUUCGAGUCGGGGUUGGGGGAGAGAGAUGGCACUGACGGGGUGCAGCUGGCUCUUCCUCAGCGCCGCCUUCCUGAGCGCGGGGGCCGAAAUCUCUAUCACCCCCGAGCCUGCCCAGCCAGCCGAGGGGGACAACGUCACACUGACCGUCCACGGGCUUUCGGGGGAAGUGCUUGCCUACAACUGGUACGCGGGGCCCACGCUCAGCCUGAGUUACCUGGUGGCCAGCUACAUCGUGAGCACGGGCGACGAGACCCCUGGCCCGGCCCACACGGGACGGGAGGCUGUGCGCCCCGACGGCGGCCUGGACAUCCGGGGCGCCCUGCCCGGGCACUCGGGCACCUACAUCCUGCAGACCCUCAACAGGCAGCUCCAGACGGACGUGGGCUACGGACACGUGCAGGUCUAUGAGAUCCUGGCCCAGCCUGUGGUCACGGCCAACACCACGGCACUGGUCGAGCGCCGAGACACCCUGCGCCUGGUGUGCAGCAGCCCCAGCCCCGCUGAGGUCCGCUGGUUCUUCAACGGCGAAGCCCUGCCCAUCGCCAUCCGCCUCGGCCAGUCCCCCGAUGGCCGGGUACUGACCCGGCAUGGCGUCCGCAGAGAGGAGGCGGGAGCCUACCAGUGUGAGGUCUGGAACCCGGUCAGUGUCAGCCGCAGCGAGCCCGUCAACCUGACCGUGUACUAUGGCCCAGAACGCGUGGCCAUCCUCCAAGAUUCCACCACCCGCACGGGCUGUACCAUCAAACUGGACUUCAACACGUCCCUCACCCUGUGGUGCGUGUCCCAGUCCUGCCCAGAGCCCGAGUAUGUGUGGGCCUUCAACGGGCGGGCCCUCAAGAACGGGCAAGACCACCUCAACAUCACUAGCAUGACGGCGGCCCAGGAGGGCACGUACACGUGUAUUGCUAAGAACCCCAAGACCCUGCUUUCCGGAUCCGCCUCGGUGGUGGUCAAGCUCUCCGCGGCAGCGGUCGCCAUGACGAUUGUGCCCGUGCCCACCAGGCCGAUGGAGGGCCAGGAUGUGACGCUGACCGUCCAGGGCUACCCCAAGGACCUGCUGGUCUACGCCUGGUACCGCGGGCCUGCCUCGGAGCCCGGCCGGCUGCUCAGCCAACUGCCGUCAGGCAACUGGAUCGCAGGCCCGGCGCACACAGGCCGGGAGGUGGGCUUCGCCAACUGCUCACUGCUGGUGCAGAAGCUGAACCUCACGGAUGCCGGCCGCUACACCCUCAAGACCGUCACGUUGCAGGGCAAGACCGAGACCCUGGAAGUGGAGCUGCAGGUGGCCCGUGAGUGUGUCAGAGGGGGGCAGAGGGUGUAUCUUUUCAGACAGAUGCUCCCAAAGCGAGCGGGGCUUUGUCUCCUCCAGGGCGGGGAGGGAAGCACAGACGAAGGGUGGAUCGGCGUCCCCAACAGACUUGAAAGAAGGGGCUCCCUCUCCUCCCUCUGACUUGGGGAUCUCCAAAUGGAGUUUUUGGCCUCUUCUGUCAAACCGACAGCCUAGACUAGGGGUAGGUAGGCCUCCUGCAUCGAACCGAAGGCUACCAAAGGGGGAUUCCACGCCUCCUCUCUCAUAUAAGUACACCAGACUGAAGGUCUCAAGAAAGGAGGCACAGUCUGAGCGUAGGGCACCCUUUUUCCUGCAGGUGGGUAGACCUAUUGCCUCCGCUACUUUAUUGGGAAAGUGGGUUAAUGAUGGGAGUGUACCUCCCCUAUCAGACUGGAUGUAUAGUACGAGGGUGGAUCGUAACUCCCUCUUUAGACUGGGAGAUCCUAGACAGUUGGCAUCAUGUCUCGGCCUCUGCAUUAGGGUAAGAGUGAGGACAGAAUUUCUACCAUCAGAGGGGGACAUUUUUCUCUCAAAGUGAAAUAGGAAAAAUCUCCUCCAUUAGGAUAGAGGCUUCUAGGUGAUGGGAAUUUUGUCUCCUCCCUCAGACUGGGAAUUCCCAGUGGUCAGGAGCCAUGUCUCUUCCAUCAGUCUGGGAAUUCCCAGAUGUUGAAGACCAUGUCUUGCCCAUCAUAGUAGGGACUCCCAGAGUCAGGGACCAUGUCUCCUCCAUCAGACUGGGAGCUCCCAGAAACAGGUCUCCUCCAUCAGACUGGAAGUUCUCGGAGUCAAUGAACCAUGUCUCCCACAUCAGACUCGGAACUCCCAGGGUUAAAGACCAUGUCUCCUCCAUCAGACUGGGA